GCUCUGCAGCACCAACAGCAAUGGUUGUUCGGAGGACACAGCAUUUGGGCACAAUGGCAUUUUUAAUUGCUGUGGUGCUUUCUAUGGUAGCAUUGGCUUCAGCUGAAUACGAGCAAUAUUCUUCUCCUCCACCUCCAUAUUAUUACAAAUCCCCUCCUCCAUAUUAUUAUAGUUCUCCACCUCCUCCAUCUCCAUCCCCUCCACCUCCCUCUCCUUCACCUCCUCCUCCAUAUUAUUACAAGUCCCCUCCACCUCCAUCUCCAUCUCCUCCUCCACCAUAUUAUUAUAAGUCUCCACCUCCACCAUCUCCUUCACCUCCACCACCAUACUACUAUAAAUCUCCACCACCACCAUCCCCAUCUCCUCCUCCUCCAUAUUACUAUAAAUCACCUCCUCCUCCAUCCUCCUCCCCUCCUCCUCCAUACUAUUACAAGUCCCCACCUCUACCAUCUCCUUCUCCCCCUCCACCUUAUUAUUAUAAAUCUCCACCACCACCAUCUCCAUCUCCUCCUCCUCCAUACUACUACAAGUCUCCACCACCACCAUCCCCCUCUCCACCACCCCCAUAUUACUAUAAAUCCCCACCACCACCAUCCCUGUCUCCUCCUCCACCAUACUACUAUAAAUCUCCACCACCACCAUCUCCAUCUCCUCCUCCUCCAUACUACUACAAGUCUCCUCCACCACCAUCCCCCUCUCCACCACCUCCGUACUACUAUAAGUCACCUCCACCACCUUCCCCAUCUCCUCCUCCUCCAUAUUAUUAUAAAUCCCCACCACCACCAUCUCCAUCUCUCCCUCCUCCAUACUACUACACGUCUCCACCACCACCAUCUCCGUCUCCACCACCUCCAUACUAUUACAAAUCCCCACCUCCACCAUCUCCCUCACCUCCUCCUCCAUAUUACUACAAAUCCCCUCCACCACCAUCCCCUUCACCUCCACCACCGUAUUAUUAUAAAUCUCCACCACCUCCAUCUCCAUCACCUCCUCCCCCAUAUUACUACAAGUCCCCACCACCACCAUCUCCUUCUCCACCUCCUCCAUACUACUACAAGUCCCCUCCAGCGCCAUCCCCUUCACCUCCACCACCAUACUACUAUAAAUCUCCACCACCUCCAUCUCCCUCACCUCCUCCACCAUACUACUACAAGUCCCCCCCUCCACCAUCUCCAUCUCCUCCACCAUAUUAUUAUAAAUCCCCACCACCACCAUCUCCAUCUCCACCUCCUCCAUACUACUACAUAUCCCCUCCACCACCAUCUCCCUCACCACCACCACCAUACUACUAUAAAUCUCCUCCACCUCCUCCGCCCACAUAUUGAUUGAUUUACUCCUUCCACCGAUGAAUGCUACGAGGACUGAUCCGGCCUGUGGCUUUUAAUCCUCUCAGUCAUUGUCUUCUCAUUAGUGAUAUGACUAUCAUCAAAUAAAGAUUUGAAAAACUAUCAAAAUUUUCUUUGAAAUAAGCCGAACCAUGGAAUCUGAGAUCUGCCACAGUGCAUGGUGUAAGGAAUAAGGGAAAAGCAAUUGCUGAUACUUCUCCCACCUCCAAGGAAACCCCAUCUGAGUAUGUUCCCUGCUGUUGACGGAAAUUCUUUUGUCUGCCAAUGGGUUUAUUCCCAGUGAUAAUAAAAUUACUAUUUCCUUAA